UUAGUGUGUGGGGAGCACGCAAGGUUUUCGGGUGAGUGUGUGUGAAGAGAAAAGGAAUGCUUUACUAAAAAAAAGAAAUUAAAAUUAAAAUAUACAAAAUUUUCACACCAAUUUUUGCAAAGAAAAAGUACCAACAAUGGGAAAUCAUAUGGUAAAGAAAGGAAGUGCCAAGAAAAAAAUUGGCGCAACAACAACAGGUGGUGUUGUUCAAGUAACCACAAAAACCAUCUCUCGAAGUCCUUCGGGAACAGAUUUUCAGAAUGGAUCACACACUCACUUUAUUCCCAUCGAGAAUUUAGCAAAAAUUUUGGCUGAUAUAACGCAACGUGAGGAAGCAAUAAAUGGUAUAACAGCGAAUGUAAUAAAAAAAUAUCUAUUUCCCCAUUAUCCCGAGUUGGCAGACAAAUUAUUUAAUUAUCUUCAUAGUUGUGCAAAAGCCACAACAACACAUCUUGGUGUUGUUGCCUUUAAACAGCAAGCGGAAAAAUUUAUUUCAAUAAUUAAUGAUGAAUCAGUACUUGAAAAUUACGUGAGGAUGUAUUCUAAUUUAAAUGUCGAGGGUGAUGUUAAUCUAAAAAAUUUACAAUCACUACUUAUGAUUUCCUAUGUUUUGGCCAUGGGCAAUGCCAAUAUGGUGACUUUACUCAGUGCCGAGCGAAUCAUCAAUGCUGUUCUUAUUUCUUGCUUUCAUGGAAAAGAAAGUUUAUCGCUGAAUUAUGUGACGCAUUGGUUGUGGCAAAAUUGCCCACAAAUUGUACAAGGUUUGCAUCGUUACGUGGUGCAUGUGCUGACAACUGCUUAUCGAUUUGGAAACAAUCUUUUGUGUAAAGAAGAAUCGCAACCUCAUUUAGAGCCAGGAACUCCUGUUUUGGAGCAACCACACGAUGCUUUCGAUUGUUCGGAACCAUUCUUACCUGUCAGUUAUGUUUGGUUAUUGUCCACUAGUCUACCAUCAAUUUACACACAGAUAGAAGAUCCACAAAUGGAGGGAAUGCAGGCGUUAAUAACAAAAAUGUCGGGUAAUAUUUGCCCAAAACAUUGGACAUUAUUGUAUAAUAGCGAUCAACAUGGAAUUGGUGUUAAUCGAUUUUUACAUCAUGUAUUGGGCUAUAAAGGACCAACGUUAAUAUUUAUAAGGGCUGUGAGUGAGGAAGUGGAAAAUUCACCGACUUAUUGCAUAUGCUCAUGCGUUGAAUGGCGCGAAUCACAUCUUUAUUGGGGCGAUGAGGAUUCAAUGAUAAUUGAAUUAUUACCAUCGUAUCGUGUCGUUGAAAAAGGAUCAAAACUUUUGUACUUAAACACUGAAAUUCGUGGCUAUCCACAGGGUUUAAGAGCCGGUAAAGAUCCCCGUGAUCCAAGCAUUAUUAUUGAUCAAGCUUUCAAUUCUGUCACUUUUGAACGUGUUCCAUAUCGUAUCUCGAGUCUGGAAGUUUGGGGUUGUGGCGACGCCAAAUCAAGAGAAAAGCAAUUGGAUAUUAAAAAGUGGCAAGUUAAAGAAGCGGAAAAGCAGAGAGUUGUAAAAUUAAGCGCUUCCGAAUGGCUGGACCAUCCUGAUCGUUAUUUGUUAGAAUUGGGAGGUAGACAAACGUAUAAUAGUACAAGCAGUUGAAAAAAAGCAAAUUAACUUUUACUUUUUGUAAAUAUUGUAAAUAUUUCGAAUGCUUGUUGUAUUU